GAGGCGGCGGCGGCGGCGGCCGGAGCUCAGCAUGACCCUGAAGUGGAGCCGCAGCGACAGCGUGAGCAGCAUGCGCACGGCGCUGUCCGACCUCUACCUGGAGCACCUGCUGCAGCACCGGCCCAAGCCCGAGGCUGUCACUCCCUUGCCAAACACCAUGACUGAAGACAUUUACACCAAUGGCUCCGCUGCCCCAGGCAGCCCAGCCCACAUGAAUGGCCGAGAGGUGAGGAAAGUACGGCUCGUCCAGUUUGAGAAGGUCACGGAGGAGCCCAUGGGAAUCACGUUGAAGUUGAAUGAGAAGCAGAGCUGCACGGUGGCCAGGAUUCUUCACGGAGGCAUGAUUCACAGACAAGGCUCCCUUCAUGUGGGUGAUGAGAUCCUAGAAAUCAAUGGGCAGAGUGUGAACAACCACUCAGUUGACCAGCUGCAGAAGAUGCUGAAAGAAACCAAGGGGACAGUCUCAAUAAAAGUCAUUCCCAACCAGCAAAGCCGUCUUCCUGCGCUCCAGAUGUUCAUGAGGGCCCAGUUUGACUAUGACCCCAAGAAGGACAACCUGAUCCCCUGUAAGGAAGCAGGGCUGAAGUUCAAAACUGGGGACAUCAUCCAGAUCAUCAACAAAGACGACAGCAACUGGUGGCAGGGCCGAGUCGAAGGAUCCUCCACAGAGUCAGCAGGCCUGAUCCCCUCCCCUGAGUUACAGGAAUGGCGUGUAGCCAGCGUCACCCAGUCUACUCAAAAUGAGGCCCAGAGCUGCAGUCCCUUUGGCAAAAAGAAAAAGUGCAAAGACAAAUAUCUGGCCAAGCACAGCUCAAUUUUUGACCAGCUGGAUGUGGUUUCAUACGAGGAGGUGGUGCGGCUCCCUGCGUUCAAGAGGAAGACACUGGUGCUGAUAGGUGCAAGUGGAGUGGGCCGCAGCCAUAUCAAAAACUCCCUGCUCAGCAAGAACCCAGAGAAGUUCAUGUAUCCGGCUCCCUACACCACACGCCCCCAGAAGAAGAAUGAGGUGGAAGGGAAGAACUAUCACUUUGUCUCCACGGAGGAGAUGACCAAGGACAUUUCGGCCAAUGAGUUUCUGGAGUUUGGCAGUUACCAGGGAAACAUGUUUGGCACCAAAUUUGAAACUGUGCAUAAGAUCCACCAACAGGAUAAAAUUGCCAUCCUGGACAUUGAGCCUCAGACGCUGAAGAUCAUCCGCACUGCAGAGCUAUCCCCGUUCAUUGUUUUCAUCGCUCCAACAGACAAGGCCGACCAGUCGGAAGCCUUGCAGCAGCUACGGAAGGAAUCAGAGACCAUCUGCAGCCGCUAUGCACAUUACUUCGACCUGUCGCUGAUCAACAAUGGCGUGGAUGAGAGCCUCAGGCUGUUGGAGGAAGCCUUUAACCAGGCCUGCACCUCACCCCAGUGGGUUCCCGUCUCAUGGGUUUACUGAGAUGUCUUCUCACCCAGGCAGCUUCCCUAGAACCCAUCCUUCAGCAUGGGGUGAGAGAAGCCCCACAGCCUUCCCUGCUCCUUGUUUUAUGAAUACAGCCUAAACUGGUCUAUCCGACACAGGGUAGGAGUGCAGUGAGCUCAGAGCCUGCACCACAAAUUGCCAACCUUCCUGCUUUAUUAGCAGUAAAGGACAGAGAAUUAGCUUGGGGGGGGCUGUCAAAUUCAGUUGGGAGAGGGAAUCAUUAGAUUUAUAAGCCACAGUUUAGAUCUUGCUAGAGCCAGAUAGAAUCUUUCAUUCACAACACAACUCCUACUGGUUGCACAGGGAAGCUUCUGCAGUGACAGAGGCUGGGAAGACAUCAUCUAGUAACCAACUGCUGAUAAAAAGUAACUUAAUUACAAGAGCUGAAGAGGUAAGGUAGGGACACUUCCAGCCUCAUCUCUGCUACUCCUUUCUUCAACCUUUAGCUCACAGUGCAUACCAGCAUUAGCCCAUAUUCAUUAAGCUUCAGCAUCAUGAAGCUUAACAUAGCCAUAAAAACAGUUCAUGUGUCUAGCUGGUAUUUUUUCUGGGCUAAGUUUGUGGUACAUCAGCUUGUAUUUUAAGGAUUUCUUUCAUUGGCAUAGCUAGAGCCUGUUGUGGGGGUGGGAGUUUGAUAUCCUUGGGCUGCUCCAUACUCUGGCAGUGGAAGUUUUUAAUUUUCUGGCAUAACCUGUGCAACUGUGGUUUCAUCUCUGCUCCUGGAUUCUGACUCCAUUAUCAGCUGUCCUCAGAGACUCAACAAUGCUUAGGGUAAAUAACUCCAUAGACCAUACAGAGAAGAAACAAACUGGUAAAUUAGAUUCAACCCGGACCAUUGUGUAUCCCAUUUCAUGCAGUAGAAACUGAAUGUCUUGACAGACCAUGCAGGCAUGUUCUCCAGCCAAGGGGCAGCUCCCACUAUCUGCAAAUGUUACCCACAACUCCCACCCGUGAGGUACCUGUUGAUUUGGUGCUUACACAUUUAGCCAGCCAGCCACAGAGUGCUCCCUCUCCUCCAACUAUUUCACUGGGUUUGUUAUCUGUCCUUAAGCCCCACAGAGAUAGGACCAGGGGCUCACGUGUUGCAGUAGUUCCAUAGCAUCUAGGUAAGGGGUCUUCUGUGCAUUCAGCAGAAGAAGAAUGGGUAUAAACUCUAGUGCAAUUUUUCAAGGAUGCCAAAAACAACUCAUGAUGUGCAAUAGGGACUUUGUUCUAGGCCACUGCAGGGAAACGGAGUAGCAAUAAAAGUGUGUUGAAACCUUGCCAUGA